GCCGCCUCCUCUCCCCCAGUCGCCCGGUGGAGCCCGGAGUAGCAGGCUCGGGUGGGAGGAGGGAGGGAGCCGCCGGAGGAAAAGAGGAGGAGGAGGCGGAGGAGGCGGAGGACCCGGGGAGGGAGGCGGCGGCGCGGGAGGAGGAGGAGGGGCGCAGCCGGGGAGCCACUAGCCCCGCUCGGACGCGCUUCUCUCCAGAUACUCCCGGAGCUCCAGCCGCGCGGAUCGCGCGCCCCCACCGCUCUGCCCCCAAACUUCUGCUGCAGCUCCAUUUCAAGCCAUCGAAUUUAUUCCUUAAAAUCAGAAACUGAACCGCGACACGGGGAAGGAGUCCGUGGAGGAGUAAAACCACAGCAGAGCAAGAAGAGCUCCAGCGAGCAGCCUCCCCGGAGCCCCAACUCCGUGUCGGGAGUGCAGAAACCAACAAGUGAGAAGGCGCCACGUUCCCCGGGCGCAGCCGCGGGCGGCGGGAGCAGGCGCAGGAGGAGGAAGCGAGCGCCCCCGAGCCCCCAGCCCGAGCCCCCGAGCCCGAGCCGCAGUCGCUGCGGUCACCCCGCUCGGGAUUCCUCUGCGCGUGCCGCGCCGAGCGCUAGGCAGGAGGCUUCGUUUCACCCUCGUUGCGAGCAAGCGGCGGCUGGGAGCAGCCGGUCCCUGGGGAAUAUGCGGUGCGCGUGGAUCCUGCUCACCUUGGGCUUGGUGGCCUGCGUGUCGGCGGAGUCGAGAGCAGAGCUGACGUCUGAUAAAGACAUGUACCUUGACAACAGCUCCAUUGAAGACGCUUCGGGAGUGUAUCCUAUUGACGAUGACGACUAUGCUUCUGCGUCUGGCUCAGGAGCUGAUGAGGAUGUAGAGAGUCCAGAGCUGACAACAUCUCGACCAAUUCCAAAGAUACCGUUCACUAGUGCUGCUCCAAAAGUGGAAACCGUAACACUGAAUAUACAGAACAAGAUACCUGCUCAGACGAAGUCACCUGAAGAAAUUGAUAAAGAGAAAGUUCAUCUCUCUGACUCAGAAAGGAAAAUAGACCCAGCUGAAGAGGAUACAAAUGUGUAUACUGAGAAACACUCAGACAAUCUGUUUAAACGAACAGAAGUCCUAGCAGCUGUCAUUGCUGGCGGAGUUAUCGGCUUUCUCUUUGCAAUUUUCCUUAUCCUGCUGUUGGUGUAUCGUAUGAGGAAGAAGGAUGAAGGAAGCUAUGACCUUGGAGAACGCAAACCAUCUAGUGCUGCUUAUCAGAAGGCACCUACUAAGGAGUUUUAUGCGUAAAACUCCAACUUAGUGUCUCUAUUUAUGAGAUCACUGAACUUUUCAAAAUAAAGCUUUUGCGUAGAAUAAUGAAGAUCUUUGUUUUUUGUUUUUUUUUUUUCAUUAAAGAGCCAUUCUGGCACUUUAAUGAUAAAAAUACCAGUGUAUUUAAAACUUUUCCUGUAUUUCUUUAGAACAACAUAAAAUUAAAAUUUAACAUCUGCAGUGUUCUGUGAAUAGCAGUGGCAAAAUAUUAUGUUAUGAAAACCCUUGAUGUUCAUGGAAUUGGUUUAAACUUUUAUGCGCAAAUACGAAAUGAUUGUUUUCAUCCUACAGUUCAAAGAUGAAAGCUGUUUCAUUUGUGUCAGCAUGUCUCAGAUUGACCUUGCCAAGUUGGUCUUACUUUGUUAAUUUAUCUGUUGUCUCCCUCUUCUCCUCUGCCCUCCCCUCUUCUGCCCUUAAAAACAAAACCAAACCCUAUGCCUUUUGUAGCUGUCAUGGUGCAAUUUGUCUUUGGAAUAAUUCAGAUAAUGGUAAUUUAGUGUAUAUGUGAUUUUCAAAUAUGUAAACUUUAACCUCCACUUUGUAUAAAUUUUUAAGUGUCAGACUAUCCAUUUUACACUUGCUUUAUUUUUCAUUACCUGUAGCUUUGGGCAGAUUUGCAACAGCAAAUUAAUGUGUAAAAUUGGAUUAUUACUACAAAACUGUUUAGUCAUAUCUGUCUAAUCAGAUCUUCUUUUGGGAGGAUUUGAUGUGAGUUAUUGACAAGCCUCAGCAAACCCAAAGAUGCUAACAGUAUUUUAAGAAGUUGCUGCAGAUUCCUUUGGCCACUGUAUUUGUUAAUUUCUUGCAAUUUGAAGGUACGAAUAGGGGUUUAAAGAAAAAUCAGUUUUUGUUCUUAAAAAAUGCAUUUAAGUUGUAAACGUCUUUUUAAGCCUUUGAAGUGCCUAUGAUUCUAUGUAUCUCGUCGCAGACUGGUGUUAAUGAGUAUAUAUAACAGUUUUAAAAAAAGUUGGUAUUUUAUAAGCACAGACAAUUCUAAUGGUAACUUUUGUAGUCUUUACGAAUAGACAUAAAUUGUAAUUUGGGAACAUAAAAACUACUGAAUAAAUCAUGUGGCCUAAUAUUGAAAA